AUGCAAAGUCCUAUUUCCCCCAAUGAUGGAGUCCCACCCCUCCUCCUCCUCCCUUCCUCCUUCCCUGUACUGUAUCUCCCAGGCUUCCCCGAUUACGGUUUCUAUUCCUCGCCAAGCGACCAACGGGGGCCCCCCUUCUCCUUUGCGGACUAUGGCUCCCUGGGCCCCCAGGCGGCUCAGCUGCUGCAAAGCGAGCAUGCCACAUCAGCCUGCAACUCCCCUCUCCAGCACCUGGCCAGCCCGGAUCAGUAUAAGAGCCCAGGCACCAACCCACCCCGGCCUGGAGCCUUUCCUGGAGCCAGCAGUCCCGGGCCAGUGGCUGACCUGUACGGCCCCACCAGCCAGGACUCCGGAGUGGGCAACUACAUUAGCGCUGCUAGUCCCCAGCCCGGCUCCGGCUUCGGACACGGCAUUGCUCAGAGUUUAUCAGGAGGCCCGGGGAAGACUGGCCGGAGUUUCUAAUUGGUUCUGUGUACAGGUAAAGGCCAUUAAACUUCAAGCACUACAGCGCUGAACGGGAAUCUAAAGCUGAGAUGGCGCCACACGAAGAACAACCCGAAACGUCAGAAUCAUCUCAGAAAGAAGAAAAAAAAACAACAACUAAACAAUCUGCUGUACUAUACUGAAAACCUGGCUUUUAAAUAUUUUAUCCUAGAGUAGCCCUGACCUUAAAUUUAGGAUUUUAUUUGAUUUUUUUCCUUUACUGUUUUUCCUUUUAGAAGCAUUUUAGUCACCUUUUAUUGUGUACACGUUGAAUCAACCAACGUUUGUUUGAGUUUCUAGAUGUUCUUCAUUGUUCUUGAAUGUUCUCUGAUGAGAGCGACUAUGUAAACAUGAAAUGUCUUUGUUUUUUGUUUUUUGAGGUAGUGAUAUUCCAAUAGCAGUUCUGUUUCACAGCCCUCGUCUAUCACGUUUCAUACAAGCAAGAAAACGGAUUGAAAUGACUCCGCUUGAAAAAGGUGACAUUUUUAAUUCAAGCCUAAACCGCAAUGAGUGGGUAACUCAAAAAAAUCUUAGUAGCUCUGUUCUAUGUUUAUUGUGAUGUCUUGUUAACCAUGAUUACCUAUUUUGGGCAAUAAGAGGACUACAAUAUUUUCACAGUCCUUUUUUAUAAAUGUCAUUUUUGUUGUCGAUGAAACGAAACAAAACAAA